UGAUCAGCUGUGUCCACAUCAGGGCACUGAUGAUCAGUGCCCUGAUGAUCAGUGUAUCCUCAUCAGUGCCACCUGUCAGUGUCCAUCAAUGCCCCCUGUCAGUGUCCAUCAGUGCCCCCUGUCAGUGCCCAUCAAUGCCUCCUGCCAGUGCCCAUCAGUGCCACAUCAAUGCCACAUAUCAGUGCCUGCCAGUGCACAUCAAUGCCACAUAUAAGUGUUCAUCUGAGUGCCAACUAUCAAUUGCCAGUCAGUGCCACCUAUCAAUGCUGCCAAUCAGUGCCAUCUAUUAGUGCC